AUGACAACUCCACCCUGUAGCUUCCUGUGUGCAGUGACUUUGUGUUGUAAAUAUAAAGUUGAGUGUACUGACUGCUAGUCCACCAGGUGGCUCUGUGACAUUGGGGUUGUUGCCAGUUGAGAGUGAGGAAGAGGAUAAACAGUCUCAGGCUGAGUAAUGCAGAGACAUGUUGCAACUAUGAUGAACCUUUUCUUUCAUCAGGAGCGGAAUACAACUCCCUGUCCAACAAAGAGCCUCCUGUGAGUCACCACACUGAUGUUUAGUGAAGUCUCCAGUCUGUCUUCAUUCAUUCAUAGAGGAAUAUCUGGAUUUGGCUGCAGAGCGUCCUGCAAGUUGAACUUUGCUAAUACUUAUUUACCAGAUAACACUGUUUGAUUGGUGUCCAAAGGUUCUCCAACGUGGUCACUGAAGUUGACAAGAUGGCUUCUGCGUGGGAAAGUGUCCUAUCUGUGCACCAGAGGAUAGUGGACAAUGGAGACAAGAGGACGGACCCGUGGCUGCUAGUCUACUCCCCCGUCCCGGUGGCACUCAUCUUCCUGGUGUACCUCUGUGUGAUCUGGGCCGGCCCUCGACUGAUGAAACACAAAGAACCCUUUGACCUCAAAGGCGUCCUCAUUGUUUACAACUUUGCCAUGGUCGGCCUGUCUGCCUACAUGUUCUAUGAGUUCUUGGUCACAUCCUGGCUCUCGAACUACAGCCUCCUCUGUCAGCCUGUAGAUUACAGCACCAGCCCGCUGGCAGUGAGGAUGGCCGGAGUCUGCUGGUGGUUCUUCUUCUCCAAGGUCAUAGAGCUCAGUGACACGAUCUUCUUCAUCCUGAGGAAGAAGAACAGCCAGCUGACUUUCCUUCAUGUUUAUCAUCACGGGACCAUGAUCUUCAACUGGUGGGCAGGAGUCAAGUAUGUGGCCGGCGGACAGUCGUUCUUCAUUGGCCAGGUCAACACCUUUGUACACAUUGUGAUGUAUUCCUACUACGGCCUGGCUGCCAUCGGCCCUCACAUGCAGAAGUACCUGUGGUGGAAGAGAUACCUCACCUCUCUGCAGCUGGUGCAGUUUCUGAUGUUCCUCCUGCACACGGGCUACAACCUGUUCACAGAGUGCGACUUCCCCGACUCCAUGAACGCGGUGGUGUUUGGCUACUGCGUCACUCUCAUCGUCCUCUUCAGUAACUUCUAUUAUCAGAGCUACGUCAACAAGAAGAAGCAGAAAUAAGACGUGGUGAUUGUGAAGCUUUGUGACUCUGGACAGUCAAAAAAGAGCAAACCUCCGAGGAUGGAAAAAAAUCAGAAGCACACCGGCACAAAGAAGGACAAGAAACCACAGACCUCUAAAAAGCUCCAACUGAGUGCUGCUAACAGCAGACAGCUCUCCGUCAGCUGCUUCUUCAACACAGUUAAACAGGAAUCUUGAUGGUAUUGUGUUUGUGAACGUCCUACAUGGUGUCUUCUCAUGCACAUGUGCUUUACUGUCAAAGCAUCAACCCUACAGUAUAUUGCCACAUUAAGGAUUUUUAAUAUAAUAUGUAUAUUGCUGCUAAGAUGUUCCUGUAGGAACUUUAGUGAAUCAUCAGUGUAGUUUGAUUUGUAAUGACCUCAUUCUAGAUAAUGUUUUUAACACUAUAUAAUGACCAAACUAUAUGUUUUACAAGCGGUAUGUAAGAUAAUUGUUUCGUAAAAUAAAAUGUUUAUUACCACAAUAAAAAUGUAUAAUGUUAGUG